UUCAUCUGAGCGCACCAUAAGGCUUUACAAUGCGAUUUAUCCCAGUCAUCCCGUUCCUUCUACUCACAGUAUUAUCGCUAUGUGAGGCGCGAGCCAAUACUCGAAGUAGGACCGAUCCGCUUCCAGUAGCACGUCCUGUACCAGGAAACUCACUUGGUGAAGAAUUGAGGGGUCUGGCACCAUCCUUUUCCGAUUUGAUAGGAAAGUUCGUUCCAGGAGCUGAAGAAAUUUUCUCCAUGUCGAUAAAUGUCCUAGCCGGAACACCAGCUAGGGUGGUAUCAUAUUAUGUCAACGAAGUUUGUGGGAUUGCUUCGCAUUGGAAAAUUCCGAAACCAAAUAACACUCCUCGGGAAGCUGAUCUACACUGGGAAUUAUAUUCAGAAAACAGCAUGGUUUCAGCCCCACUGAGAGAUCCAUUGCCUUUCAUUGAAAGUAAUGAUUUCAAUCCGGAUUUGAACAUAACAAUUUUAGUAACAGGAUGGGAGUCAUUAGUAAGUGAUAAGCUUGGGGAAGAUGUUAUCGAUUCUAUGCGAAAAGCUUACAGGCAGCGGGCAACUGAAAAUUUUAUUGUUUUCGAUGCUGGUCGCUUCGUAAACUCCUUAUAUAGCUGGGCUACUUUGGAUGUUCUGUGGAUAGGCGAAGUUCUUGGGAAUUCACUCAUACGCUUGAGUAAAAAGGUGAAUAACCCUCGAAUUCAUCUGAUUGGACACAGUGUGGGUUCCACGAUUGUUGGUGUAGCAGGAAGGCGCUACCACGGUUCAACCGGAGAAUAUAUUUCUCGAAUUACUGGCCUGGACCCAGCUAUGCCUUGCUUGGACCCCAGUAUUAGUCUUAAAAAAGGAGAUGCCGCUUUCGUUGAUGUUAUUCAUACCAAUAGCGGAGUACUGGGCAAACGUGAACCAAUAGGUGAUGCUGAUUUCUACCCGAACGGACCAGUUGCUUUGCCACCGGGUUGCUUGGAUGUCGUGUGUGCCCACUUCAGAGCAGUUAGUUAUUAUGUAGAAUCAGUUCAACCAGGAUCGGAAGAUAAUUUCCCGGCUGUAAGAUGUGGAUCAAUUGAUGACUAUAAUACGAGGAAGUGUAGUGGAAAGCGUAUUCCUAUGGGUUAUUCAACACCAGCGUAUGCAAGAGGUACUUAUUACUUGGAAACUAACUCGAAGUCACCAUAUGGACAAAAUAGUGUUUAAUUUGAAGUUGAAACGAAUGCAAUCGAUUUGUAAAGAAACUCGACAAUAAUAAACAUAUUUUUGUGUUUUU